AUGUCUUUAUUCACAAAAAUAUGAUGUUGUGUCCGAAAGCCUCUGCUUCCGAAGGAAGGAGCCCAUAUGAUCUUUGGCAAAACAAAAGAGAUAGAGAGUAAGAAAUAGGUGCAAGUACGGGAAUCCGUAUCAGAAAUGAACUUCACAUGCACGAGAAGCCCUUCGUGACAACUACUUCAACUUCAAGGCAGAGAAAGAAAACAGAAAGGCCCCAAAACAGCCCAAAAAGAGCCUAAAUCUAUUCGCAUUGAUGAAAGAACAACAUAGUGAUGAAGACAGUAAGUCUGAAGAGGAUAACCAAGAGGAAGAAAAGGUCCCAACUGGCUCAAGAGAUAGGAGUGAGAAAAAUUGCAGCAUUGAUUUUCGUGACAUCUUUGAUAGACAUAGCGGAGCUCCUGCCGAAGAUGCCCCUAAGUUUACAAUAGAAAAAUGAAAAGUCUACCUAAACGGGCCUAUUGAGAUGUGUUUAGAAUCCCCACUCAGGUUUCCAUUUGAUGAAAUUGAAGAUUAUGAUAAAGUCACUGUGACAAAGAUAUCGUGAGGAUGGUACCACCUCGUGGUUCUACUUAGCAAUGGGGUUAUAUUAGUCGGAGGCAAUAACGAUCAUGGCCAACUUGGCUUACAACGACGAUUACAUCCAGAAAUCAAGGACGAACUUGUAUUUCAUGAAGAGAUUAAUGAAAAAUAUGAAGUCCUUGAUAUUGGCUGAGGAACAUCUCAUACUGUCUUGCUCGUAAGAAAAAGAGAAAACAAAUUUUCUGAGUGAGAAAUCUUAACUUGUGGGUACCAUGGCUGACUUGGAAUUGACCUUAUCAAUAAAGAUAGAGAUGAGUUUAAAGAAGUUCUUAUUCCGGGUCUCACUAAUUUUGAUAAAAUUCAAUUUCUUAUCUGAAAAUUUGAUUCAAAUGUAAUCAUUGAUUCUGACAAUAACAUUUACUACUGGGGAGAUGAGCUAGAUACCUUCAGAACGAGAGUCCCAGGAAAGAGAAACUGGUUCAGAAAGAGAAUAGUUGACCUCUCAUUUGGCUUCAGACAUGCUCUUUUCCUUCUUGAAGAUGGCUCCAUCUGGAAAAUUGACUCUGAGGGUAUUAAUAAGAUUGAAGAUAAAAUCUUGGAGAAAAUUAAAAUUCUUAAAGUCGAAGCUGGCAGUCGUCAUUCUUUAUUCUUAGACUCUGAGGGAAGAGUUUAUGGAAUUGGUAUCACAAAACUAGAGAAUCAUAAUACUGAGACUAAAAAGAGACUAACAGAGUGAGAAGACCUCACUGAUAUCACUGAUGAUUCUAACUGAGUAGACGUGUUUGCAGGUGAUGGAAAUAGCUGAGCAAUUGAUUCGGAUGGAAUCCCCUACAGAUGGGAUGGGGUAACUGGUAAAAUAGAAAUCAUCGAAAAUCUUGGAGGAAAAUACAUCCUUCAGAUCUACCUAGCGAACCAAAACAUUGUUGCAGUGUAUAGUACCGAAACUGACUAAUGGCUUAAUUUUUAAUAUUAAUUUAUAAAGGCUCAAACCAUUUC